GCGCGGGUGGUGUUUGGUUGUUGCUAUGGUGACAGGCCCAGCGGAAGCCGGUCCUUCAGAAUCCCUCACUCUAUCUCAUUGCACAGAGGACGUCUGAGUGGCAGAAACGGACGAUGGCGACGAAAUGUGGAAAGAAGCCUUGCGGCAGGGAAAUCAAAGGCCCAACUCCCUGCUCUGUGGGUGUGCUAGCAAAAUCUUCAGGUAACAUCGCAAAUUCAGACAUGCUGAAGCAACUUGAAAUGGAUAUGCGUGCUGAAAUUUAUGCAGAUUUUGUGAAGACCCACAAAGAGUACGAAACCCAGAAUUAUAUUGUACUACAACAAGAACAAAAGCAAUUGAAGGGUGACAUCAGAUAUAGGGUUCAAAGGGCCAUGGAGUUUUAUGAAAAUGGCAUAGAACAAAGGAGAAGAAAGCUACGAGAUCUUCUGGAAGCUGAAGAAAGUGAGUACAUGAAUCAACUCUCCCUUUUGGGAGAAACACCUUUAGAGCGACAAGCAAAAAUGAGACAGCACGUAAAAGACUUGAAGAUAAAAAGGGAACAAGAACGACAAAAGUUGGUUGCAGAAAAACUUGAUCAACGGUUCAGGGAACAGUGUGAGGAGCUGCAGACAAAGCUGUCUCAUCAACGAGUACUAGAGUUGGUCAAGGAUAGAAAGGCGCAAAUAGAGUUCAAAAAGAAGCUGCAAGAUCAGCAAAAGGAGGAGGAACAGAUCUUUGAGGACUUAUGGGAGAAGGACCGACUUGCCAAAGAGGAGAGGGUAGAAAGGGAAAUGAGAGAGCAACAUGAGAAACAGCAAGGAGUCCUGGCUGGACUACUGGAACAAAUGGCAGAAACUAAUGCUAAACGCAUGGAUCAGAAGCAGAUGAUUAAACAAGAGGCAGACUUGAUGAAAGAAAGGCAACGUCUUUCAAAAUUAGAAGAUGAGAGGUUGGCACGGGAGAAGGCUCAAAAACAGAAAGACUUCUGUGAACGUUUGAACAGAUCAAUGGCACUGAAGAAAAAACGGUUAGCGAAGGAGGAGGAAGAGGAGCGGGCACUUGAUGCAAAGAUAAAAGAGCAAGCUCUGAAGGAAAGUGCUGAAGAUGCCCAAGAGCAAUUGCAGAAAAAGCUGGAUCUCCACAGAGAAGUACAAAUGUAUCGAAAAUAUUUGGCUCAGAGGGCAGAUGAUGAAAGACGUCGUGAAGAGGAAACAAAUCGGCUAAUUGAGGAGGAUGUAGAGAAAACGUGGGCUAAACGCAAUGAGCAGGUGCGUCUAAAGAAAGAGGCUCUAGAUCGCCUCAAGAAGGAAGUAAUGGAAACACGCAGACUUCAGGUUCAGGAACGUUUGGAGAAAAAUAUGAAGACCCCAGAACAGAUGGCAGAGGAAAGAGCCAAAAUUAUUCAAACUGUUGAAGAGCUGAACAAAGUGGAAGAUGAAAAAUUGGCCAGAGUGAAGCAAGCAAAUCAGAUACAUCAGCAGGACCUCCUGGCGCAGAUUAAGUACCAAAAGCUUCAGGCUGAGAAAAAGAAGGCAGAAGAACAGCGUGAAGUGGAAGCAGGAAAGCUGGAAGAGGAAGCUUACCAGAAAAAGCUUCAGGACGCCCUUUCUCAACCUUAUACCAGCAAUGAUAAAAUUCAUCCCUGGAGGAGGGAAAAUUGCCUACAGCCCAAGCUCAAUGAAACAUGUUAGAAUGAUUGUUGUCAUCUGUGAACAUAUACUGUAGUUUUGUUUGAUUUGUAAUAACAACUUAAAUAGUGCUUAAUGAUGAAGCACUUGAGUGUAUUGUAUAUUACUAUAAUGACACAGU